AUGACUUUGUCAUGGAGAAGGCUCAGGCCCGGCCGCCGUGCCUCCAAGGAGCUGCAGCUAGGCGAGCCCGCCGACGUGGAGAUGGAGCUCACCAUACCAAACCAUUUCCGCUGCCCCAUCUCACUAGACCUCAUGAAAGAUCCGGUCACCUUGUCCACUGGAAUUACGUACGACCGCCAAAGCAUAGAGACGUGGAUCGAAGCCGGAAACCUGACUUGCCCAAUUACCAACCAAGCCCUCACAUGUCUCGAGCCCAUUCCCAACCACACCAUCCGCAAGAUGAUUCAAGAUUGGUGCGUUCAGAAAAAGUCCUUCGGCAUUGAACGCAUUCCCACUCCUCGCAUCCCAAUCACUUCUCUUCAGGUCUCCGAGAUUCUCUCCAGAAUUACUACAGCAGCCAGCCAUGGUCAAAAGCAGGAUGAUUGCAGAGAUUUGGUACGGAAGAUCAAGGCCUUGACAAAAGAAAGCGAGCGCAACAAGCGGUGCGUUGUUGCUAGUGGCACGGGGAGCGUUUUAGCCGCUGCUUUUGCUGCACUUUCAUCCUCACAACGUCAAAACGUUGCCGUCUUGGAAGAAAUCUUGUCGGCUUUGACUUUGGUUUUCCCACUGGAUGGGGAGGCCUGCUCUUAUCUCGGCUCGGCUGCUUCAUUGCAUUGCAUGGUGUGGUUUUUGGAAAGUGGAGAUUUGUCCCACAGAAGAAACGCAGCUUUGGUGCUCAAAGAGACUCUUUCUUCCGAUCAUCAAAAGAUUGAUGCUUUGCUGGAGAUCGAAGGAGCUUUAGAGGCACUGGUAAAGUUGAUCAAAGAACCCGUUUGUCCUACUUCAACAAAAGCCUCCUUGGUCGUCAUGUACCACAUGGUCAACAAUAAUUUCACGUCGUCUCUUUCGAAAGAUAAAAUCAAAGAGAGACUUGUGGAGAUGGGAUUGGUCUCGUUGCUCUCGGAAAUCAUUGUGGAUGCCGAACGAAGCAUUUGCGAGAAGGCGUUGGGGGUUCUUGAUGGACUUUGCGGAAGCAAGGGAGGGAGGGAAAAGGCCUACCAUCAUGCUUUGACUAUGCCCGUUGUGGUGAAGAAGAUACUUCGGGUUUCAGAUUUGGCGACUGAGUUUUCGGUAUCCAUUCUUUGGAAGCUGUGCAAGAAUGAGGGGAGGGAAGAUGGAGGGGUGCUUGUGGAGGUCCUUCAAGUGGGCGCCUUUCAGAAGCUGUUGUUGCUCUUGCAAUUAGGGUGUGCGGAGAGGACCAAAGACAAGGCCACCGAGUUGUUGAAGGUGUUGAAUAUUCACAGGGAGAGGUUGGAGUGCAUUGAUUCUAUGGAUUUUAAGGCGCUCAAGAGGCCUUUUUGA